GGUUAAAGUCUCUUGUUCAUGAGUCUAUCUUCAAAAGUGGAAAGCCAAUGCAAAAUGCAAAGAGACUGAUAACAAUAACAACCAACAAACUUCCCUUCCAUGGAAACGGGAACUGCGCUCCGUCUCCAUUUCACUCUCAACACUCACAUUCUCAAUCGCAUUUCAAAACCAAAAACUUCUUCAUUCACUCUUUCAUCUUCUUCUUCUCCUUCUACUGUUUACAGUUUCCGAAGUCCAAAGCCCAAACGCGAUUUCCUCGCUGAUUGGGUUUCACAAAACGACGACGUAGUUCGCCCCCUUCCAAUCUACGUUGGAACGGCCUCUCUUUUUGCUGUUCUCUUCAAUCGCGCCAUCUCCGGUAUCGCUCCUGUCGCUGAUGCCGGCAGUUCACAAUCGAGAGCAGACCUCUUAACUUUAGGAUUAGCUGUCACUAAUAUUUUGGCUGGCCUCGUUUGGCUUUCCAUAAAACCGAAAUCUAUAACUGUGGUAAAUCCUCAGGGAGUAGAAUGCAAGAAGCUGUGCACUGAUCUCCCUGAUGUUGCACUUACUGAGCUGCUCUGGGCGUGGGAAUCUCUUUCAGAUGUCACAUGCUGCCGAUCACUUGUUAUUGCUUAUGAGAGCAGUUGUGUGCUUCAAUUUGGUUUUGCUGCAGAAUCUUCUGCUGGCAAUGGUGAGGCUGUAAGUGUGGACACUGAUAAAUUGAUGCAAGGAUCUGUAUUUCAGGGUGUUAUGAAAUCCGGAACUCAGAGUUAUUUGGCUAAUCUAUCUCUAUAUCCUGGGAAGUCUGAGCUGCCAUUUCUACCUUCAAAUACUCAGGCAGUAAUUUUACAGCCACUUGGAGAUAACGGAAUUGCAAUUAUUGGUGGUGACACAAUAAGAGGUUUCACUACUUCUGAUCAGGCUUGGAUUACUUUUAUCGGAGAGAAGCUGGAUUCUACUCUUGCAAAAUAUGUAAAACAACAGACUCUUACUUAAGUUUCAAAGAUUUGCAAGUAGCCGCUAAUGUUCGUAUAUACUCGAGAUUUCAGUGGUAAUAUGUAUCCUCGUUCGUCAUUGCGAAUACGAGGCUAAAAUUUAUCCACUGUAUAUUUUGUUCAUUAUUUACACCAGUUUUUAAAUUGAUUAAUGGCCAAUCCAAUUCUUAAGUUAGUAAUAAUAGUUACACAUUGUAAAAAUAACUACAUACAAGUAUGCACGUUGUACUAGACCAUGUUCCUUUUAAAAUGUUUAUUUUAGAGAAAUAAUUGUUUUUUUGACA